AAAAAAAAUCAUUUUGGUUCUGGCAACGAGCGAGUUGAAGUGAAACGAAUUUACUGUUAUUGCUUGAAUGUGAAUGUUGUUGUGAUUGUUUGUAUUUUGUAGUGCGCGGGAGGUACUUUUAUAAAACGAGUGAACAUCUUCUAGAACUACUUCAAUGGAUCCUGCAUUAUUAAGAGAGCGUGAAGCCUUUAAAAAACGUGCUCUCUCCAAUCCUGUAGUUGAAAAUAAGAAAAAAGAUGUAGAACAGCCGAAAAAGAAGCCCAAAACCUCAUCACAACCCAAGCAGCCAAAAGAUUUUAAUUAUAAAACGUAUGGUGGCAGUUCACAAUAUAAUUUUGGUAUUUUGGCUAAAAUUGUGAAACAUAUGAAGCAAAGGCAUCUUAAUGGGGAUACAUAUCCUUUAAGCCUUGAAGAAAUUCUUGAUGAAACAAAUCAGUUAGAUAUUGGAAGUCGUCAGCGUACAUGGUUGGUAAAUGAGGCACUUGCAAAUAAUCCCAAACUUCAGAUUAAUGCUGAAGGUAAAUAUUUAUUUAAACCUCCUUAUAAUAUAAAAGAUAGAAAGGGUCUUUUAAAAUUGCUUGACAAGCAUGACCAACGAGGUCUUGGAGGCAUAGCUUUAGAUGAUGUUCAGGAGUCUAUACCCAAUGUUGAAAAAGCUUUAAAGGUUUUAGGUGAUAAUGUUAUUCAAAUUACUCAGCCAACUAGCAAGAAAAAGAUCUUAUUUUACAAUGACAAAUCUAUGGAGUUCAAAGUUGAUGAAGAAUUCCAGAAAUUGUGGAGGGGUGUAACUGUUGAUAGUUUAGAUGAUGAUAAAAUAGAAGAAUAUCUUCAAAAACAAGGAAUUACAUCUAUGCAGGAUAUUGAUGUAAAGAAAGUAACACCUGUGCAGAAGAGAAAGAAACCAACUAACAGAAAUAGAAAUUUCAAGAAACUUAAUCAACAUAUGAGUGACAUUCUACAAGAUUAUACAGAUAAAAAUUAGAUUAAGGAAUUUGUAUUAAUGUAAAUUUGUAUUUUUGAGAAUAAUUUAUUUGUUGUUAAGUUAUACUCCAUAUUGAUAAACUUUACAUCUUCUUUUCUUUAUAUUAUACUGUGAAAAAUAAAAUAUUUAUUUUUUAUCGUAUG